UUGCCUGCCUGAUGUGGGAUGUUUUUACCCUGCGAGGACAUUUAAAACAGGGUUUAAAGGUUAGCUGCGCUAAUAGACACAGACUGAGGUCAGAGAUCUCUGAACAGCAGGGCAGCAGCAAGUUUUGCACAAAACCUGCAAGCCAAUACUAAAAAUGAGUCCGGUAAAAAAGAUAGUUAAGAGGAUGAAGGUGAAAAAUGAACUGGCACGACAGGUUAUGGGAGAGGUCUUAGGCACUUUUGUACUUCUGCUGUUUGGUUGUGCAGCAGCAGCUCAGGUGAAAACCAGCAGAGAAACAAAGGGACAGUUUCUGUCUGUUAACAUGGCCUUCUCUGUUGGUGUCAUGUCUGCCAUGUACCUCUGCAGGGCGGUAUCAGGAGCUCAUCUAAACCCAGCUGUGUCUCUGAGUUUCUGUGUGUUGGGAGAUCUAGCCUGGAUAAAGCUGCUACCCUAUUCUCUUGCUCAAAUAUUGGGGGCUUACCUGGCUUCUGGACUUGUCUAUCUCAUCUACCAUGAUGCGAUCAUGGAGUUCAGUGGUGGAAUUCUGACUGUAUUUGGUCCUAAUGAAACGGCCAGUAUCUUUGCAACUUACCCAACUGAUGUGGUAUCAGUGCAGACCAACUUCAUCGAUCAGGUGGUUGGCACAGCCAUGCUGAUGUUGUGCAUUCUACCUCUGAAUGAUAAGAGAAAUGCUCCUGCUCCUGAAGCGUUGCUUCCACCCAUUGUAGCAACUGUUGUACUUGGGAUUUCCAUGUCAAUGUCGGCUAACUGUGGAGCUGCUAUAAACCCUGCCCGUGACCUUGGACCACGACUGUUCACGUUCACAGCAGGCUGGGGCACAGAAGUCUUUACGUGCUAUGACUACUUCUUCUGGAUUCCAUUAGUGGCUCCUUUGGUGGGGGGCGUGCUGGGGUCCUUCAUUUAUCUGGUCUUCAUUCAGUGGCAUCUGCCUGAGCUCGAGGAUGAAUCUGAGUCUGAGGAGAUCAAAGAGCAAACAAAGGUCAUGGAGCACAACAGCAAAAAAGACGAGUUAUACCUUAAAAUGGCUUCUAUUUAAAAGCCUGCAGGACCAUUGAAUCUGCCUCACAGCAUUUCCAGAACCUGCUUCCCCUCUUUUCCCUAUUAUUUCCAGACUGUUUUAUACUGUAAAUAAAAAAUGGGGAAAUGCCACAACAUAAAAACUGGGGAAAA